AUGCUCUACCUCAUAGGACUCGGUCUCUCCGACGAGACGGACAUCACGGUCAAAGGGCUAGAAAUCGUGCGCCGCGCCGCCCGCGUCUAUCUCGAAGCCUACACAUCCAUUCUACUCGUCGACAAAUCCGUGCUCGAGAGUUACUAUGGGCGAGAAGUCAUCCUCGCGGAUCGCGAGAUGGUGGAGUCGGCGAGCGAUGAUAUCCUAGCGGAUGCGCAGAACGUGGACGUUGCGUUCUUGGUCGUCGGGGAUCCUUUUGGAGCAACGACGCACACGGACCUCGUACUGCGCGCGCGCGCGCUCUCCAUCCCCAUCUCCACGGUGCCCAACGCCUCGAUCAUGUCAGCGAUCGGGGCGACGGGCCUGCAGCUCUACAACUUCGGGCAGACGGUGUCGAUGGUGUUUUUCACCGAGACGUGGAAGCCGGCCUCGUUCUACGACCGGAUCCGGGAGAAUCGGAAUAUCGGCCUGCACACGCUCGUGCUGCUGGAUAUCAAGGUGAAGGAGCAGAGUCUGGAGAAUAUGGCGCGCGGCAGGAAGAUCUAUGAGCCGCCGAGGUAUAUGACGGUGGGCCAGUGCGCGGCCCAGAUGUUGGAGAUUGAGCAGAUGAAGAGGGAGGAGGGCGAGGGUCAGCAUGGCGUCUAUGGAGAGGAGAGUUUGGCGAUUGGCGCGGCGAGGGUGGGCGGGAAGACGGAGAAGUUUGUGAGUGGCACCCUCAAGCAGUUGUGUGAUGCGGAUGAACUGCUGGGCGGGCCUCUACACAGCUUGGUAUUGCUGGGGCGGAGGACGCAUGAGCUGGAGAGCGACUAUGCGCGGGAAUUCGCUGUGGACAAGGAAGAGUGGGAUAGGAUCUGGAAGAGAGAUUACGAGGGGAAGCAAUGA